ACCGGUCCAGCGCGCGCGCGUGUUGUAUGGAAUUGCAUUGCGACACCGUGGAGACUUUUUUGAUCUGGUACCGGACUGUAAAAUCUGAAAUAUUACGGCUAAACAUUCGUUUUACAUUAAUUAAUUUAUAGAGGCAGUCUCAUUCGUGCCAUAUGUGUUCAUUGUACUUUGAUUGAAUUGUUGAUACAAAGGUGAACGGAGAGAAAAUGAGCGUAGAUGCCUACGGACCCAGCUCGCAGAGCUUGCUCACGUUUUUGGAUGCGGAAGAACAUGACCUGCUGGGAGCCGACACGCAAGGCACAGACUUUGACUACAAUGUGGGGGACUUUACAUUACCAUCACAGACACAAGCUUCUCAAAGCCAAGCAUCCCAGUUGGAUUUGGCUUCACAAUCUCAGAGUCAGGUGGAUGCUAGUCAAACUAAUGGGAUAGAUGAGUCUGUGGCUGCUGUAGGACAACAGGUCAAAGAAUUAACCUUUGAGGAAGACGAAGAAGAUGCAACUGUGCUCUCCAAAGAUUUACCCAACCAUGCCUGCAAGUACUGCGGCAUUCAUGACCCUGCUGCUGUUGUUCUCUGCAAUGGAACCAAGAAAUGGUUUUGCAAUGGACGAGGGAACACCUCUGGCAGCCAUAUUAUUAACCAUCUUGUGAGAGCCAAGUGCAAGGAGGUGACCCUCCAUAAGGACAGUCCCCUUGGGGAAACCGUUCUGGAAUGCUACAACUGCGGAUGCCGCAAUGUCUUCUUGCUAGGGUUCAUCCCAGCCAAGGCCGACUCUGUGGUCGUUCUGCUAUGCCGUCAACCUUGUGCCACUCAAAGCAACUUGAAGGAUAUGAAUUGGGAUCCAAGCCAGUGGCAGCCUCUGAUCCAGGACCGCUGCUUCUUGAAGUGGCUAGUCAAGAUCCCUACUGAGCAGGAGCAGCUGAGGGCUCGUCAGAUCUCUGCCUCUCAGCUCAACCGCCUGGAGGAGCUGUGGAAGGAGAACCCGGAGGCCACCCUGGAGGACCUUGAGAAACCAGGAGUUGAUGAGGAGCCUGCCUCUGUCAUGCUUAGGUAUGAGGAUGCAUACAUGUAUCAGAAUAUCUUUGGACCUCUUGUCAAGAUGGAAGCUGAUUAUGACAGGAAGCUGAAGGAGACCCAGACCCAAGAAGGGGUCACUGUUCGUUGGGAUAUUGGUCUCAACCGCAAAACAAGAGCCACCUUUAACUUCCCCAAGAAGGAAGAUCUGAAGCUGAUGCAUGGUGAUGAACUGAGGGUCCGCUACACCGACCCAAGAGAGCCCUGGUCUGGUUUAGCUCAUGUGGUCAAGACUCCAGACAACUACAGCGAUGAGAUCUGUGUGGAAUUGAAAAGCAGUAGUAACAUCCCUGUCAAGUUCACCACCAACUUUGCUGUUGACUUUGUCUGGAAGUCAACAUCAUUUGACAGAAUGCAGAAUGCCCUGAAGACUCUAGCAGUGGAUGACACCGCCGUGUCGAGCUAUCUGUAUCAUCGUCUCUUGGGACAUGAUGUUGAGAACCUCGUUCUCAAGUGUAACCUACCUAAGCGGUUCUCGGCCCAGGGACUACCGGAGCUCAAUCAUUCCCAGGUGUCAGCCGUACGCACCGUGCUCACACGCCCACUAAGUCUCAUUCAGGGACCACCUGGUACUGGCAAGACUGUGACCUCCGCUUCUAUUGUCUAUCAUCUGGCCAAGCAGGGAACUGGGCAAGUACUGGUGUGUGCUCCUAGUAACAUCGCGGUGGAUCAGCUGACUGAGAAGAUUCAUAAGACUGGUCUCAAGGUCGUCAGAUUGUGUGCCAAGAGCAGGGAGGCCAUUGAUUCACCCGUCUCUUUCCUCUCCCUCCACAACCAGGUUCGUAACAUGGAGGGAGCAGAAGAGAUGCAGAAGCUCCAAGCUCUGAAGGAUGAGAUGGGAGAACUGUCAAGCAAUGAUGAGAAGAGGUACCGCACUCUCAAGAGAAACUGUGAGCGAGAGCUACUACAGAAUGCCGAUGUGAUCUGCUGCACCUGUGUUGGAGCUGGUGACCCACGCUUUGCUCGUUUUAGAUUCCGUGCUGUAUUGAUUGAUGAGAGCACUCAGUCUACUGAGCCAGAGUGCCUCAUCCCUGCUGUUCUUGGAUCUAGACAGCUUGUUCUAGUCGGUGAUCAUUGCCAGCUUGGUCCCGUUGUCAUGUGCAAGAAGGCAGCUAAUGCAGGCCUGUGCCAAUCUCUCUUUGAACGUCUCGUCGUCCUUGGAAUCCGACCAAUCCGACUUCAGGUCCAGUACCGCAUGCACCCGUCCCUCAGUGCAUUCCCAUCAAACAUCUUCUAUGAGGGGUCCCUACAGAAUGGAGUUACAGCAGCUGAGAGGAUCAACCGUGCAGUGGAUUUCCCAUUCCCUCAACCUGACAAGCCAAUGUUCUUCUAUGCUACCACAGGGCAGGAAGAGAUUGCCAGUUCUGGUACCUCCUACCUCAACAGGACUGAAGCAGCCAAUGUUGAGAAGCUGACAACUCGAUUCUUGCGUGCUGGUGUGAAGCCAGAACAGAUUGGGAUUAUCACGCCUUACGAGGGCCAGCGUGCGUUCAUUGUACAGUACAUGCAGUACAGCGGGCCCCUCAAUGUCAAGCUUUACCAAGAGGUGGAGAUCGCUAGCGUGGAUGCCUUCCAGGGACGUGAGAAGGAUUACAUUAUCCUGUCUUGCGUCAGGGCCAAUGAUCACCAAGGCAUCGGAUUCCUCAAUGAUCCCAGACGUCUAAACGUCGCCCUAACUCGCGGAAGGUAUGGAGUAAUAAUUGUUGGUAACCCCAAGGUCUUAUCACGUCAUCCCCUGUGGAACCAUCUCCUUACAUACUACAAGGAACAGAAGGUCUUGGUGGAAGGUCCACUCAACAAUCUCAAGGAAAGUUUGAUCCAGUUCAGCAAACCUCGCAAGCUCAUCAACCCUUCCAACCCGGGAGGUCGUUAUAUGAGUAUGGCCAUGUUUGAUGCCAGGGAAGCCCUAGCACCUGGUGGUGUCUUUGACAGGUCCAGGAUGUCUAAUGGAGGUCCAUCUCACUUCCCAGCCAACCAUGGACGUGUCCAUGACCAGAUGGGUUACAUCCAACCAAACCAGUCCCGCAUCGCUGCAGCCAACUUCCCCAUCCCCGUCAACAUGUUCAUGCCCCCACCCAUCCCCCCAGGAGCCCCUGGCUUCUUCAACCAGCCCCCUCCACCCAAUGCUCGCGGCCCAGGUCCCAACAGAGGACCCAAUUUCUCUGGCAGCCCAGGAGGAGGAGGAGGCCGUAAGAAGGGGCGUGGUUACCAAGGUUCGCAGCAUCCGCGUCAGCAGCAGCAGAAUAAUGCAGCUAGCAAUGGACAGGGUAAAGCCGGUGGGAACAGCGGGAGUCAGAACAUGUCGCAGUACAACCUCUCUCUCAACAGCACCCAGAACAGCCAGCCUGACGUGUCGCAGUCCUUCUCACAAGGUGUCCUAACCCAGGGCAACAUGUCCAUGUCUCAGCCCAUGAGUCAGCCAGGACUAUCUCAACCAGGCUUCUCUCAAAUGGGUCUCUCCCAACCAGGGCUAUCUCAGCCAGAGCUUUCUCAGGAAAGCUUCAUGGGCGAGUCUGAGUUCAAGUCUCAGCUGGAUGCCGCCCUCUCCCAGGACUCCACCUACCAGGGAGACCGUAACUACAUGCAGGGCUUCGGUUAUUAGUUCCUAGGGAGAGAGGGGGAAUCCCCCCCGGAGAAUAGCGGAGAGAGGUGUAUACCAUCAAGCUGAGGCAAAGGAAUCAUCGCUCACCUACCAACAUCACCCGUAAGAUCGGAGGAGAGUAUGAGGCAACCAGGAAUCAACAUCAUUGUCUGUGAAAGACAUGCCAACUCUCUACAAAUGUGGCAGCGCUGGUGUAAUGUAAAAAAAAAAUUAUUGAAAUAAGCAGCGGAUAAACAAGAGACGACCGGUAAUGAAGCAGCCA